CGCCUACACAAGCAAGAAACCUCCCUCCCCUGUGCACGACUGCAAUAAGCUGACAGACGGAACAAAGCGACCUGCCGCCGGUGCCGACCGAAUCACCUGCUGGUUGCUGCAACCACACCACCAACCGGAUCCCACCGUCUUCUCCUCUUCCUCACCUCCUCCGCAGCCAGCAGCCAUGCGCAUCUUCGUGCUCUCAGGGCAGAGCAACAUGGCCGGCCGCGGCGGCGUGCACCACCGGCGGUGGGACGGGGUCGUGCCGCCCGAGUGCGCGCCGCUCCCCUCCAUCCUCCGCCUCUCCGCCGCUCUCGAUUGGGAGGAGGCCCGGGAGCCGCUCCACGCCGACAUCGACAAGGCCAAGACCUGCGGCGUCGGCCCCGGGAUGGCCUUCGCCCGCGCCAUCCUCCCGCAGCUGCAGCCCCCUGCCCCUGCCCCUGCCCCUGGCGCCGCCGCCGGAGCCGGGGUCGGGCUCGUGCCCUGCGCCGUCGGCGGCACGGCGAUCCGGGAGUGGGCCCGCGGGGAGCCCCUGUACGAGCAGAUGGUGCGCCGCGCACGCGCCGCGACCGAGUACGGCGAGAUCGAGGCCUUGCUGUGGUACCAAGGGGAGAGCGAUGCGGAAUCCGAUGCCGCCGCCGCCGCGUACCAGGGUAACGUCGAGAGGCUCAUAGCCAAUGUCAGGGAGGAUCUUGGGAUGCCUGAGCUACCAUUCAUUCAGGUUGCUCUUGCAUCUGGGAAUAAAAGGAACUUUGAAAAAGUGAGGAAGGCUCAGCUUAGCAUUAACUUGCCCAAUGUUGUAACUGUGGAUGCAAUCGGUCUGGCGCUGAACGAUGAUAAUUUGCAUCUUACUACUGAAUCACAAGUAAAGCUUGGAGAAAUACUGGCACAAGCCUACAUGGGUAACUUUUUACAAGCAACCUCCUAGCAGUUCUGCCCAUGCCAUAUGAGAUCUUCGAACUUCGGAUAUCCCAAGUAAUCUCACGUGUCCCGUACUGCGACCGGAAUUCGAAAUACCCACUUCAUGCACGGAUUGUUGCCGAGUUAUUUCCGGAAAAGAUGCUUAAAUGAGUGUGGUUGUUUGGUUCAUGUGCGACGCUAUCAAAGGUUGAUAGUAUGGCGGCACCGGCUUGGCAAGUGGUUGGUAGCAACACAAAUGGACUUUGAUUUGGUGUACUCUCCGAGUAGCGGUCACCAGCUCCAAGGUGAAUAGCUCAUGGUCUGACCUUCUGGUUGUACCUGACAAUGGUGGUGUUUCCGCACCCUCCCUUGUUGAAGCUCUUUGAGAUUGCUCGGACUUGCUUUGGGUGAAACCCUUGAUCGGACCCUAGUGGUUGGAUCCGGCGACGAAUGAUGAUCAGACAUCAUUUUUCCUUCUUGAGGUGUCGCCUUUGAAGAAUCUCUUUUGUAGUCUCGGUGGUGGUUGGGGUUAAGGGUUGCUGUUGUGUGUUGUCGUUUCCUUCGGACUUUUUUCUUCUUCUCUUUCUUUUUGGACGUAUGCAUCCUCAAUGUCUCUCUUUGUUCUUGACUUUGUGUUGUUGCAUUGUCACCUUUUUUAUAUUCAA